AUUCUCAAUAAAAUCUCCAGUUCAUUGAAGCAUAUUCCAAAAUUUUUCCUCAUUUGAUGUUAUGGAAACUCCGACGUCGAAGAAGGCCGGAGGCGAGGGGGGAUCUGAGAGGGAGGGGUCGGAGUGCAGCACCGCGGGCAGCGGAAGCGGCAGCAGCAAUGGUGUUAACAACAACAACAACAAUCGAGAUAACAACGAUGAGAAGAACAAGAUGAAUGAGGAUAAUAUUGGUAAUCGACGCAGUCACAGACGUUGCAAUAGCAAUGUCGGUGAAGAGGGAGGGCUGUUCGAGUAUUUCGGAUGGGUGUAUCAUUUGGGCGUCAAUUCCAUCGGCCAGGAUUACUGCCACCUUCGCUUUCUCUUCAUAAGAGGGAAAUACGUCGAGAUGUACAAGAGAGAUCCUCAUGAAAACCCCGGCAUUAUACCUAUUAGGAAGGGUGUCAUAGGACCCACUCUAAUGGUGGAGGAGCUAGGACGUCGUAAAGUCAAUCAUGGGGAUCUCUAUGUAAUACGGUUUUGUAGCCGAUUGGAUGAAUCCAAGAAAGGAGAAAUUGCUUGUGCAACAGUUGGAGAAGCCAGGAAAUGGAUGGAGGCUUUUGAUCAUGCAAAGCAACAGGCUGAGUAUGAGCUUUUAAGGAGCGGCAGUGCCAGAUACAAAUUGAACUUCGAGGCUGAUAUUGACCUGGAAGGACAUCGACCUAGAGUGAGGCGUUAUGCAAAUGGUUUGAGAAAGCUUAUAAGAAUUGGACAAGGCCCGGAGCCACUUUUGCGCCAAUCAUCAUCCUUGAGUGCCAGUGUUAGUUUAGAUGGUUAUUUUGAAGCAGAUUCUACUGAUGCAAUUGAAGGACAUGAAUGGAAAUGUGUUCGAUCAAUAAAUGGGGUUAGAAUCUUUGAGGAUGUGGCUGCUUCAAAGAGUGGUAGAGGUGCUCUUGUGAAGGCUGUUGGCGUUGUAGAUGCAAGUGCAGAUACUGUUUUUGAGGUGAUACUAAACUUGGACCGGCAUCAAAGAUAUGAGUGGGAUAUGUUGACCGGUGACUUGGAACUGAUAGAUUCCUAUGAUGGACAUUAUGAUGUUGUCUAUGGAACAUUUGAUCCAAAAUAUCUUACUCGAUGGCAAUCCAACAGGGAUUUUGUCUUCUCUAGGCAAUGGUUUCGAGGACAAGAAGGAGCAUACACUAUAUUGCAAUUUCCAGCUGUUCAUAAGAAGCGGCCUCCUAAAUCUGGAUACCGACGGACAAAAAUUAAUCCAUCUACUUGGGAGAUUAGGAGGUUGCACCCACCAUUGGGUACAGAUGCUGCAAAAUGCCUUGUAACACAGAUGUUAGAGAUACAUUCGGCUGGCUGGUGUAGAUGGAAGAAAAAUAGCUGCUCAAAGUUUGAAAAGACCAUCCCUUAUGCAUUAUUAUGUCAGGUGUCAGGUUUAAAGGAAUAUAUUGGAGCAAAUCCAGCACUCAAAUCUGAAUCUACAACCAUGGUUGUCCAUUCCAAAUAUUUUGAUAUUCCAGGCGCCAAUAGUGAUUAUGAAGAUGCAGAAGUGCCGGAUGAGUUCUAUGAUGCAAUUGCUGGAGAUUCAUCUUCAUCAGAAGAAGAUGAUGAUGAUGAUGACAACGACAAUGAUUAUGAAACUAGUGAAGGCUGUGAAGUUAAAAAGGAGACAAAAGUGAAGCUGAAGAAUGUAUCUUGGGCAAUCUCAAGCUCAGCUUUAAAGCGAGCUUCAGCCCCAGAUGCAAAUAAGGAACUAGACGGUGGGGUUUCUCCCAUAAAUCUUGAUCCAAGUGAGUUCAAUGGUUCCCUCCACAAUGGAAAGGAUGAGACUGACUCAAAUUGUUGGACGUCUCCUAAUGGCAAGGGAUUUAUGAUAAGAGGGAAGACUUACCUAAAAGACAGGGCUAAGGUAAAGGGUGGGGAUCCACUUCUCAAACUUAUUGCUGUUGACUGGUUAAAAGUUGAUAAAGCCAUAGAUAGGGUUGCAUUGCACCGAAGGUGUCUAGUUCAGUCAGAAGCUGGAAAAAAGCUCCCAUUCAUCCUUGUCAUUAAUCUCCAGGUUCCUGCAAAACCAAACUAUAGUUUGGUUCUCUAUUAUGCCUCUGAAAGGCCUGUGAAUGACAAUUCCUUGUUGGGGAAGUUUGUGGACGGGACAGACAUGUAUCGGGAUUUAAGAUUUAAAUUGAUCCCCAGCAUUGUUGAGGGAUAUUGGAUGGUGAAGCGUGCAGUUGGAACAAAAGCUUGCCUCCUGGGUAAAGCUGUAGCCUGCAAAUAUUUCAGACAAGACAAUUUUCUGGAGAUUGACGUGGAUAUUGGAUCAUCAUCUGUUGCAAGAAGUGUUAUUGGCCUCGUCCUUGGAUAUGUGACUAGCUUAGUAGUUGAUCUUGCAAUUCUGAUAGAGGCGAAGGAGGAGGAAGAAUUGCCAGAGUACCUUCUUGGGACUGUUCGGCUGAAUAAAUUACGCCUUGACUCUGCUGUAAAACUGGAGGUUUGAUGUUUACAUGUAUCUGCAUUCUUUUACCUUCUCUCUUUUCCAAGAGGUUGAUGCCAUUGCUGCAACAGGGCUUCAUUUUUCAAACAUCAUCCAUGGCCUGAUCUAGUAUAAACAUCCUUUAGUCUCCCAUUACUCUAACCCCAACUUGACAUCAUUUUCAGUAGACAGUUUACUUAGUUGGUUAGGGGGAUUAUUUUUGAGUCUUUCUUGGCAUGUUGCUGUGUUGUGUUGUAUUAUUCUCUGCUUGAACAAGUUACUGGUAGCUAAGAAGAUUCACUUGCGACUAUUAUUUAUACUUGGGCAAGAUUAUAUCAGGUAAAUAACAGUGGACAAUUUUG